GGGUCCUGACAGGCAGCUGGUUGGAGCUCAGUUAGUUGACUUUCAGCCGAUGGAGGUUUAAUGGCUCGAUAGACACGUAGUGCUGUGUUUAUUUUAACAGAAACAAACAUGAAUUUCCUCAGGUCUCGUCUUUCCAUCGGAAACUUCAUAGGUCAGAGGUGCAGACAGGUGACUGAAACAUGGAGCCAUAGAGGGAUGUGCAGUAAACCACAAGAGGCCAAAGCAGAGCCUCCACCACCUGCAGUCCCAGCACAAGCACCUCGCGCCGGGUUCAAAAUCCCAGGCUACAAACCCUCAAAUAUGGACAAGAAGAUCCUUCUCUGGUCGGGACGGUUCAAGACGGCAGACCAGAUACCAGAGUUUGUGUCGUUUGAGAUGAUUGAUGCUGCCAGAAACAAAGCCAGAGUGAAAGUCUGCUAUAUCAUGAUGGCGGCCACAAUAGUGGCCUGUCUGGUGAUGGUGUUCUUGGGCAAACGGGCUGUGGGCAGACACGAGUCCCUGAUUGGUCAAAACAUGGAGAAGAAAGCAAGAUGGAGGGAGGAGCAAAGACAAGAGAAGGAAGCUGCUAUUGCUCUGUCUGAGAAGGCUCAGUAAUGGAAGACGACUAUUCCCUGUACAGCUCCCACAUCUUCAGCGCUCCCCACUCCCAUCCUGCAGCCACUGAAAGAUAUCAGAGCAACUGAUGCGUAAUAUGGAGAGUGACCUUGACGCAGAGUAAUGGAUUAUUUAAUAAUUUCUGAAAUCCAAUGUAAGGUGUGAUCUUUUAAUUGAAUAAAUAGAGGUACCUGUUUUUAGAGGAGGGCAAGGAACACGAGCAUGACUUACUUUGUACUGUGAUGGAGGUUUAAGGACUUUAUAAUGAAUUCUUGGCAUUACACAGAUGCGUGAUUUUCUCAGGAGAAUCAGUUGAACGGGUGCACCAAUCAAGUUCUUUUUCAAUGCUUCUAGUAAACUUUUAAUAUAUACCUCUCAAACUCUCCAACAA